AUGCCUCCCAAAAAGAAGAAGGCCUUGAUCAUAAAGGCCACCCCCAAGGGUCGCCUCAAGGCCAGCAGCACCGAAAGCACCAAAGGCAAGGCCACCGCGACCACCUCAACCAAGAAAACCCAUGCCGCCUCCAAGGCCUCCAAGGACAACGACGACAGCCUCGUCAAAUUCCCCCAGUUCAAGUGUUUCCCCCUCGAGAUCCAGCAAGAGAUCUUCACCCAAGCCCUCCGCAAACCCAGCAUUCACUUCAUGAAUGUCGAGAAAGCCGUCAUCCCCGGCUACACCAACGACAAAGGCAACUGGGUCGACUCCACCUGGCAUCUGACCUACUACCCCAAAUCCAAAAGCACCGACGGCUCAGGCUAUCGUAUCAACAAGGACAUGGGCUCCGUCAGCCGCGCAGCCCGGCAGGCUGUUGUUCUCGCCACAAAAAACCCGGGCAACCUCCCCUUCUCUCGCGCCUGGGGACCCAUGGACACAAACCACGACCUUGUCGUGCUCGACUUCCUCGCCGGCGCGACGUCAAACCCCAAGUCUGACUUUCGCUACUUUCAUGUUAAUAACCAGUUUUUCGUGCCUUACUUUGAUCCUGAGCUGUCUUUUCCCGCGGGGAGAUCCAGGCUUAGGGAUGAGGGGGAGAAGAACAAGAAGUCUGUUUUUGGGACGGAGACUCCGGGUGGGAUGGCUGAUUUGAAGAAGGUGGGUGUUGUGUACAAGCAGAGUUCUCAGCGCACUUGCGCGAAGCAAAACACUGUUUUUCAGUGCUGCAUCCAUGUUGACGGGAGCAUCGUGCCUCAUGGGGACUGGACCAUGUGUCCGGAUGAGGUGGCGGGGUUUAUCGACUCGAUGCCGGGGUUGGAAGUUUUGUACUUUGUCGUGCAGGUUCCGAAGGGAAGCAGGGAGGAUAGGGAGCGGUUGGAGAUUUAUAGGAGGUGGUUUUCUACAAGUGAGUCUUGGCCUCCCGUCUCAUCACAAUUUAAUCACGAUCUGCUACUGACCUGA